AUGUGUGAGCAUAAGUCCAAGUACAAAGUGAAUAUGUCCCUGAAUGGAUGUAUGUGCGAAUUGGAGGUCGAUACAGCAGCUGACCGUUCUAUUAUGAGUAAAAGUACUUAUAUGCAGAAUUUUAGUAGAUUUUCCCUUUUACCCUCGAGCGCAAAACUGAGAACGUAUACUGGUGAAACACUGAGUGUGUGUGGGGAAAUGGUGUGUGAUGUAAUGUACAAAGAUCAGAGAUACUCACUUCCCAUACUAGUGGCAAAUUAUGAAGGGAAACCCACCCUGUUAGGGAGGGACUGGCUUAGUGUUGUGAAGUUUAAGUGGGAAGAAAUAUUUCAUAUCCAGUCAUCAAGAACCUCUGUACCAGCAGAGCAGUUUGACAUCUUACUUUCCAAACAUAAGGUUUUGUUUGAUGAGAGUUAUGAAGGCCUUCAGGGUUUUGAAGCUCAUAUAACAAUGAAAGAUGGUGCCAAACCUAUAUUUUGUAAGCCAAGAAAGGUCGGUUAUCCUCUAAAACAAGCUGUUGAAAAUGAACUGGAGAAGCUAGAAAAACAUGGAGUUAUAAAAAAAUUGAAAGGCUUAAAAAUAAGUGCAGCUGGCUUGCAGCCUGUUGAGGAAAAAGUUGAGGCAGUGAAGAAGGCACCAGUUCCAAAGGAUGUCAGCGAGUUAAGGUCAUUUCUAGGAAUGAUUCAGUAUUACCACUCUUUUCUCCCGAGUUUAGCUAGCACAUUAGCACCCCUUCAUGAGCUGUUAAAGAAAGAUGUUCCKUGGGUGUGGACUGACAAGUGUCAAAAGGCUUACGAUGCAUGUAAGCAAGGUUUGACAAGUGAUUCCCUGCUUGUCCAUUAUGAGCUUACCAGGGAGUUGCGUUUGGMAUGUGAUGCUUCUAGUUAUGGUCUUGGGGCAGUUAUAAGUCAUGUUAUGGAUGAUGGGAGMGAAAGACCCAUUGCAUAUGCCUCCAGAACCUUGUCUUCUAGUGAGAAAAACWAUGCUCAAAUAGAACGAGAGGCAUUACCAAUUAUAUUUGGGGUCACAAAAUUCCAUCAGUACUUAUAUGGCCGCAAAUUCACUUUAGUCACUGACCAUAAACCACUGCUGUCAAUUUUGGGCCCCAAAUCGGCCAUACCUACCUUGGCUGCUGCCAGGACGCAGAGAUGGGCAUUGGUCCUCUCAGCAUAUGAUUAUGAAAUCAUAUUCAAACGAUCUGAAGAUCAUGCUAAUUGUGAUGCUCUAUCUCGACUGCCUUACCAAGACUCAACUUUAGGUAGUGAAAGCGCGAUCUAUAAUGUCAGURCAAUURAGGAUGAAUUYCCCAYUGAGGCGAAAGACAUUGCCAAAGCAACUCAAUGUGAUACAGUGUUGAGAAAGGUUUUUCACUUUGUUAUGACUGGUUGGCCAAAGAAAUGUGAAGAUGAGGAAAUCAAACCAUAUUAUAAUCGGAGACUUGAGUUGUCUUGUGAGCAACAUUGUGUUCUGUGGGGAUCAAGAGUGAUCAUUCCUUUGGUUUUAAGGAAAAUGUUGAGAGAGUUGCAUUGGGAACAUCCUGGAAUUUGUGGGAUGAAGGCAAUUGCCCGCACUUGUGUGUGGUGGCCUAAAAUGGAUGAAGAAAUAGAGGAGACAGUAAARUGCUGCACUGUAUGUCAGAAYGUUAKAAGUGCUCCACCAUGCGCACCAUUAAUCCCAUGGAAAUGGCCGACUAGACCAUUUCAUAGAGUUCACAUUGAUUUCUGUCAAAAGGAUAAUGAUUAUCUUUUUGUGUUAGUGGACAGUCACUCAAAGUGGAUAGAGGUGAAACAUAUGACCUCUACUAAAGUAGAGAAAACCAUAGAUGAGUUACGUUUAAUUUUUGCCACUCAUGGUUUGCCUGAGGAAGUAGUUUCAGACAAUGGCCCUCA